AUGGCAUCCUCAUGGACUGAGGUUGCAGUUGCAAAGAAAGAAGAUAGGCGAGAACUAGUGCUUCACGGCACCGAUAUAUCCAAACGAAUCGAUGAGAAGGGUCUUGACACAUCCAUUUUCAAUUUGGUCCAUUUGAAUUUUCUAGAAAUCACUAAAACAACGCUUAAAACUGUCCCAACAGAUGUUGAAAAAUUGGUCAACUUGACUUCACUGGUUUUGCAUACAAAUGCACUGGAAGAAGUGCCCUCCGCCAUGGGGGCCCUGAAAAAAUUGAAAUUGCUUGAUCUAUCAGGGAACAAACUUCAGUCCUUGCCCGACGAGGUCUGUACACUGAGGGAAUUGCAGACGUUAAAUGUACGUUGCAAUUCAUUGACGUCCUUGCCAAAUGUGAAAGGGUUGGUCCUGCUUCACAUUUUGGAUGUUUCAAACAACCAACUCGAUCUGCUUCCUGAUGACAUCUCCUCAACCGAACUGCAGCAUUUAAGUCAGAUUCUAGCAAAAGCAAAUCAUCUUCAAGAGAUACCGAGUGAUUUUCAUGAACUUCCAGCCUUAAAAACUCUAGAUGUUUCUGAUAACCGACUGCAAGAAAUUCCGGCUGAAAUGAGUUUGUGUGCCAAGUUGAAAGAGUUGAACUUCAAGGAAAACAAACUUAAAGAUAGACGACUUAUGAAAUUAAUGGAGCAGUGCCAUACACGAUCUGUGAUUGACUAUCUGGAAAAACAGUAUAAGAAGGAGAACGAGAAGAGGGGCGUAUCCACCAAGGGUGCCAAGUCAAAGAAGAAAAAGGGAAAGGGGUCAAAGGAGGUGGAUGAAGUCGCUAAGAACCUGAUGGAAGUUCUUCACUUUACUAAAACUGGUGCGACAGUCACAAUCACAGAAAAUGUGCUUGAAGUCCGGCCCCAUAUCCUCUGCUGUAUCGUGAGGGAUCUCCACUUCGAGAAGUCUCUGAAUAUCUUCAAAAGAUUUAUUUCGCUACAGACCAAACUCCAUGAGGAUAUAGGCCAGAAGAGGCAGGCAGCUACCAUUGCAACUCAUGAUCUCGCGUCUCUUAAGUUUCCUUUGACGUAUGAUGCAAGGCCACCGCUGAGAAUGAAGCUUGUUCCUUUGAUGAAAGUAAAAGAAGUUACUGCCGACUCCCUCGUCACAAAGCUGCGCCAGGAAGCAGAGGAGCAGAGGAAGGAAAAGAAGAGAAAUCAGUUGUCGGGAAUACACAAGUAUCUGGACCUGUUGAAGGACAAGCCACUGUACCCGUGUCUGGUUGAUGGUGAAGACACUGUGAUAUCAUUUCCACCUAUAACCAACUGUGAGAAAACCAAGAUAUCAAAAUCGACUAAGGACAUCCUGAUAGAAGUGACAAGCUCAAUUAGUCUCGACAUUUGCAAGAAGGUUCUUGACCAGUUGCUCCAGUUGAUGCUGGAAAUGGGACUGGGCACAGCGAAGCCGGAAGGGCAGGAUGAAGCUUCGGCAGAUGAGCAAAAAGUUCCAGAAAAACUUAUCGUGGAGCAAGUGAAGAUACUAAAUGCUGAGGGAAAUAUGAAGGAUGUGUACCCAUCAAGGACAGACCUGCAAAGUGACUCUUAUGAAAUCAAUAGGGACUAUGAGUGAAAUCAACUGGAUGUGUGACCUCAACCACCUUAAAAUGGUUGUGUGGAAAGUGCAGAUAAAAUUUUGAUAUGGUUUGACAAGGAAGACAGUUUUGACAGAUUUGAAUGGUCAUUAACGUGAAUCAUUAAAGGCCAUGUCUCUUUGUAAACUUUUUUUCAUGUUGUCAGCUAGAAAUGUAAUCCCUGAUCCCCAGUUUCCAAAGAUUUUUAAAAUGGCAAUUUCAACCUACAUAUUCUGUUGUUGAAUAUUUUGUUACUGAUAUAUUCCUGUAUUAUUUUAUUGUACUAUAUAAUACAAUGGUUCUGAUGUUGGUAAUAAUUUAA